AUGUUAGUCUUCGUCAAGGAUAAUCGAGGAGUGACCCUAUCAAUGGAUUUAAGUUCCAAAGAAAAAGUGGAGCAUCUAUUAAAGCUUCUCACUCGUGAAGAAGGCAUUUUGGAGUUGAACAAUUUCGACAAUUUGGUUCUCAUAUUUAAAGGCAAAAAACUGAAUCCACAAAGUACUCUAAGUGAAUGUGGUGUAGAAGAGUGUUCGGUAAUUACAGUAACGUCAGAUGAUCAUAAUGAACAGUAA